GAGCCCAUUCAAACCUCCCACGCAACCAUGGACCUAGACAUCGAAGAUAUCCAGGAUCGUCUGGUCCCCGUGGGUACUCUAGGGGCUCCCCGUGAGGAUGAAGAAGCCGAAGAGCGAUUUCCACCGAUCCCAAAUCCCCCAGAUUGCCCUCCAGCCGACACGGUUGACGAUCUCCAGAAGAGCCUGCAAGACUUCGCGCGCGCCAACGGCUUUGCGAUUAUCCGCAGAAACGCCAGCAACUACCGCAAUGGCAAGCCUACCUACUACAACAUCAUCGACGAUUGGAAAUGGAGCUUCACGUUGAAGAACGGGGAUCACAACCACGGCCCCUCAAUCGAUCCCUCUGUUCACAAGCUUCAUCGGAAGAUGACAGAGCAGCAAUUGACGCUGCUUGCUACCGUCUCCAAGCACAAGGCUAUCAAGUCUCGCGAGGCUGCGGCUAUCGUCCGGGAUGCUGUCCCAGGAUCCCUAGUCAAGCAAAAAGAUAUCGACAACGCGCGCCAACGACUUCGGCUCGAUGCCCUACAGGGCAGAACUCCCGUCCAAGCUUUCUUUCAUAUCCUACGGGACAGUGGCCUCCGUCACCGAGUCCUCUGGAGCGUGGAUUAUCCCGACCGCGCUGACGCGAUUGUCUGGACGUAUCCAUGGUGCGAACGCAUGUGGAAACGGUUUCCAGAGGUGUUGGGCCUGGACAAUACGUACAAGACGAAUCGCUUCAAGAUGCCUUUCUUCCAGGUCACGGGGACCACAGACAUCUCAUCUCUCUUCAACUGCGCCUUUGGUCUUGUCUCCAACGAGCGCCGCGAGGGGUAUGACUUCCUGCUUCAAUCCAUCGAAUCCAUCCGCACGGAAAUUGGUGCCGCCCAACCCCACCUACAACUUUGCAUAUUCCAUAUCAACGCCAACGUGAAGAUGAAUGCAAAGAAGAAGUGGAAAGGUCCUGGCGGUAUCCUUGACGAUGAGCUUGACGUGAAUCGGGACAAGGAGGCCGCUGAAGCUGCUGCAAUUCAAGACGCCAUUGACAAUGCUGGCCCCGUUGGCCGUCGUGAGCUUCCGGCUACUGCUGUUGAGCAUCGACCUUCUGGCUUCUAUCGGUUGUGGCAAUACGUCAUAUACGCUGAUGCGGAAGAAGAUUUUAAGGCAGCUUGGCAGAGGCUCCAGGAUGAGUUCAAGGAUCAAGAAGCAGUUCUUGAAUACGUGAUCGGCACGUAUAUGCCUUACCGCCACCAGUGGGCCCACUGCUACAUCAGUCAAUAUACUAACUUUGGCGUCCGCACGAAUUCCCCAACCGAGACCGCCCACAAGGAUAUCAAGUCGUUCGUUGUCAACGGAAACUCGGAUCUCUUCGCUCUCGCCAACGCCGUCGAUCAGAUGCUUAAGAACAAGCAACGAACAUAUACGGAGCGCAUCGCAGAAAUGGAGACCAAAACAAGGCGGAUAUAUCUGGGUCAAGAUUGGCUUGGUACGGUAUCCAAGGAAGUUGGAUAUCAUGCCUUAGGCCUAUUGAGCAAGCAGCGCUUGAUUGCCCUCACUGCCUUGCCGACUGCCGAGAAACCAAACCCGCCAGGCCUCCAGCCUUGCCAGGUUCGAUUCACUAACCAGUACCGUCUCCCCUGCUCUCAUCGACUAUUGGAACUAUUCAAAGCUGGCAAGCAGUUGACGAAGGAUUUUAUUCACCCACGAUGGUGGCUUCGACAGCCCCUUAAUGUUGCAGACUCUUUAUUGGGCAUCAAGGACCCGAAGAUUGUUACCUCCUUACGCGGAAGACCCCGAAACGACCGUACCAGCAGUGGCGUUGAUACCCCAUCCUCCUCUGCAGCACCAGCUUCGUCUGCCGGUCGCCAGCCUCGCCAAGCCAGUAAUCCAGCGCCUCGGCCAGUCAGGGCUAGUAUUCGGCGAAAUCGAUCAGCCUUCGAAGACGACGAUAGAGAAUGGCCACAGGAGGCAGACGAGCAAGUCAAACGCCGGCGCGAAGAAGAGGACGGCGACAAUCGCGUUAAAAGACAGCGUGCACCACGCAAGUGCAGUAAAUGCGGGUCCUUUGAACACAAUGCCCGUACGUGUAGCGAUUAGCACCGGAUUGAUUUAUUUGUCUCUUGC